GGCCGCUGGAGCCGCUGCUGGACCUGUCGGACAACCGCCUCGAGGACCACGGCGUGUCGGAGCUGGCGCGGCUCCUCGAGGGCCAGACGGACAUCAGGCUGAGACUCCGGAGGGUCAGCUGCACCCGCCCAGGCCUGAACGACCUGCUGAAGUAUAAGGACUCGCUGUCCGAGCUGGACCUCUCCUCGAACCCCAUAGGCACCUCUGGCACUGUCGCGGUGUGCUCUGCCGCCGUCGCGGCGUCCAGCUGGCACACGCUUGGCCUGGCUGGCCUGCGCAGUGGGGACGCGGAGCAGCCGCUGAGGGCCGCCCCCGCCUCCGACGCGGCCGAGGACCUCCUGGUGGACACGCUGGUCGGAUGCGUGCGGAACUCCCGGGGGCUGACCUCGCUGGACCUCUCCGACAACGCGCUGGGAGACCGCGGCUGCGCCCAGCUG